AUGUCGACCGGAACGUUUGACGCCAACAAGGCGCAGAACCUGCCCGAAAUCGAGAAGCAGAUGGCCGUUCGAUGUGUCGAGCACGCUCAGACCUACUGGAACCUGUUGGAGAAGAUCAAGCCCUCGUCCCUUCGCUUGACAAAACUCGACGAUGAGAUGUACGAAGACUUCCAGGCUACCUUCCCAGAAUUCGCAGAGUCGGCCGACCCCAAGUCCGUCCUCAAGGUCGACGAGGAGGCCAUGAAGAGCCCUGCAGGCAAGGAGAAGUGGCGUGUCUUCAUCAACAAGUACGAGAACAAGGGAUUCAAGGCUGACUUUAUUCCUAUCUGUCUCUUUGCGCUUUCACCAGUCGCCGACUACAACUUUGGUACCUUGAUUCGUACCGACGCCUCCGACGAGUACACGCAGUUCAACACCACCUUCGUCACGCGCCUUCAGUUCUACGUCUACGAGAUCGCACGUUGCCGUCGUGGCCUCAACGACUGGGUCUACGAAAAGGCCCAGAAGGAGGCUGCCAAGGAGAAGGCCAAGAAGGCUGCUUCCGGCUCCAACCCGUCCACUCCGGUCUCGAGCAGGCUCGCUGGUCUGUGCGUAGAUUUACAGCGUCACACCUUCUGGUGGUGGCAUAUGGGGAAAGGCAAACGUGAGGAGGCGGACGCCGAGCAUGGACCUGACCUGCCAAAUGUGGGGGGCCGAGAAGCUGUCGGUGGUGGUGCCGAGCCCCGCACCCAACCCGUACACCACCGCCACCACGUCAACUUGACCGAGCAACCCGAACGUGGCCCAUCGCGACCGUCUUUCGAACUCUUCUUCUCUCCCACCAACAACCCCCUUGUCCUUUGUACUGUCUGCAAGAUGGUCUUUGCACGCCGUUUCUCCACGCGCGCGUUUGGCGCAGCCCGUUGCCCGUCCACGCCCGCCACUUCGUCCACACGCCGUCUUCUGACCACCUCAGCGCCGCGCCAUAAUGUCACCACUGGUGGUGCUUCCGGCAGCGCCUCGGCGUCCCCGGGCUCGUACCGCAACCUUGCACUCGGCCUGCUCGCAGUCGGACUGGGAGCCAACGCGUACUAUCUCUCCCAGCGCGACAGCAAGCUUCAACUCGACGGACCCAAGGCGGUGGUGCCCAGCGGCGAGUAUUCGUACAGCAACCCGCAGCUGCCGUUCGAGUAUGGAAGCAAGCAAGACUUCGAGGCGGCGAUCGAGGAGCUCAAGGCCUACUUUACCUCGCAGGGCGAAGCUUGGGACGACUUUGUCACUACAGACGACGAUGAGCUCGAGCGCCGCGGUCUGGACGAGAACGGCCACCGCAGCUCGUCCGAGGGCACCAAGCCAUCGGUGGCCGUGUAUGUGCGCGACACUCCGGAUGUGCAGCAAGUGAUCCGCAUCGCCAACAAGUACCGCAUGCCCAUCGUGCCCUUUUCCGGCGGAACGAGUCUGGAGGGUCACUACAUUGCGCCGUUUGCGGGCAUUUCGAUCGACAUGAGCCGCAUGGACAAGGUGAUUGCCUUCCACCCGGCCGACGGAGACAUUGUGGUGCAGGCUGGCAUUGGAUGGGAGACGGUCAACCAGUACUGCGCCAAGAACGGCAACCAGCUUUUCUUCCCGCUCGAUCCGGGACCGGGCGCUACGAUCGGCGGCAUGAUCGGUACGGGCUGUUCGGGCACCAAUGCGGUGCGCUACGGCACGGCGCGUGGCGAGCACUUUCUCGACAUGAAGGUGGUGCUUGCCAACGGCGAGAUCAUCUCGACCCGCGGCGGCGGACGUGCACGCAAGUCUUCGGCGGGCUUUGACAUUGGCAAGAUCAUCGUGGGUGCCGAAGGCACUCUGGGCAUUGUCACCGAGGUGACGCUGCGACUGGCGCCCAAGAUGCCGUCGGACGCUGUGGCCGUGGCGAGUUUCCCGAACGUGGAGGCGGCAUCGCAGACGGUGAAUGAGAUCCUGCUGUCGGGCGUGCCGGUGCAGUGCAUCGAGCUGCUGGACUACAAAAUGAUCCAGUCGAUCAACGAGUCGAACCUGUGCGGACGGCGGUACGACGAAAAGGACUCGCUCUUCUUCAAGCUGAGCGGAGGCGAAGCGGCGGUGGCCGAAGCCAAGGAGGCCAUCACGCGCGCCAGUGUCAAGUUCGGUGCGCGCCGCGAGAGCGUCGAGUUCGAGACGGACAAGGAACGCGCCGCCAAGAUCUGGGAAGGACGCAAGGCCGCACUGUGGGCCGUGGCUGCUACCAACGAGGCACCGGGUGUCAAGGUGUGGACCACGGAUGUGUGCGUUCCCAUCUCGGCACUUCCCCGGCUGGUGCGCGAGUCGCAAAAGGAUUUCCAAGAGUCUGGUCUUACGGGAACGGCCAUCGUCGGCCAUGCAGGCGAUGGAAACUUCCACGCCCUCAUCCCCUUCAACGCCUCGGAUUCUAAGGAGCUCCAAACCACCACCGAGGUGGUCGGACGACUAUGCGAGCGCGCGCAGAAGCUCCAGGGCACCUGCACGGGCGAACACGGCGUGGGCAUGGGCAAGAUCGAAUACCUCGAAAAAGAGCUGCCCGCCGCCACCAUCCGCGUCAUGAAGGCCAUCAAACUCGCGCUCGACCCAAACAACCUGCUCAACCCCGGCAAGCUCUACCCGCACCCUGCCGCCGCCGCGUCGUCAUAA